CCGUCGCCAUCGCCAUCGCCAUCGCCGUCGCCAUCGCCAUCGCCGUCGCCAUCGCCGUCGCCAUCGCCGUCGCCAUCGCCGUCGCCAUCGCCGUCGCCAUCGCCGUCGCCAUCGCCGUCGCCAUCGCCGUCGCCAUCGCCAUCGCCGUCACCAUCGCCGUCGCCAACGCCGUCGCAGCAAGGUAUGACACAAUAUACAGUAAACAGUAAAAAAUAGCUCGGUUAACAUCUCGUUCUAAUCGAAGAUUAACAUUUUCAUCCAUUUUAAGCAUCGCCGUCGCCGUCGCCGUCGCCGUCGCAGCAAGGUAUGAUAGUAUCUACAGUAAAUAGUAAAAAAGAGCUCGGUUAACAUCUCGUUCUAAUCGAGGAUUAACAUUUUCAUCCAUCUUAAGCAUCGCCUUCGCCGUCGCUGUCACCGUCGCCGUCGCCGUCGCCGUUGCCGUCGCAGCAAGGUAUGAUAGUAUCUACAGUAAAUAGUAAAAAAGAGCUCGGUUAACAUGUCGUUCUAAUCGAAGAUUGAUAUUCUCACCCAUCUUAAGCAUCGCCAUCGCCAUCGCCAUCGCCAUCGCCAUCGCCAUCGCCAUCGCCGUCGCCGUGGCCGUCGCUGUUGCCGUCGCCUUCGCCGUUGCCGUCGCCGUUGCUGUUGCCGUCGCCUUCGCCUUCGCCUUCGCCUUCGCCUUCGCCUUCGCCUUCGCCUUCGCCUUCGCCUUCGCCUUCGCCGUCGCCAUCGCUUUCGCAGCAAGGUAUGAUACUAUAUACUAUACACUAUAUCCUAUGUACUCAGGUGUAGCACUUCUUAACAGCGGCGACUUGAGGUGUUAUAACGCAUCUAGUAAAACCUGUGUUGAAAGGAAACCAAAAAGGUCCUCGCUAGCGUCCACUUAUUAUAAAAUAUCCGUUUCAUUCAAGUUUUGUAAAUUGAGUAAUGGUGACAACCUUGAAAUUACGAACCUUUACGCCGUUUGCAUUUCCCAUCAUAACCGGUAGUUGUACAUAAGUCUUGAUCGUGUUGUCGCAAGAACGUUUGACUCAAUUUGAUCUAAAUAACCUCAACUGAAUAAAUAAAAAUUUGAAAUUUAUUUUAAGUUUUGAAGUCAUGACAUGAGUAUAUAGGAAAUCUGCAUAAGUACGAGUUUUGUCAACAUUAAAGCUGUUAAUGCAUGUGUACGAGCACAUGUAGAUGUUGAAAAAACUGUUAACCCUUUAACUUCCAAGAUCUAAUUGUUAAUUUUCCCCUCUAGCUGCCACACAUUUCUCGGUAAGUUGGAUGUCACAGGGAGAUGUUACAUGUUAAUCACUUCUGGGAGUUAAAGGGUUAAAUGCGGCGAAUAUUUUGCUUACAUUUUUCAUUAAAGUAACCUGUAUGAGUAUACUCCUUUUUUAUAAUCUUGCUUUCCCAGCUCACGCUGCAUUCUAAUUUUUCGACUAAAUUUUAUUUUCUUUCAAUAUAUCUGGAACUCCUGGUGUUAGAUAUCACAGGUCUAUUUAGAACUUUUCUGUACCGGUAAUUACAAGAAAUUGAGCAGCUGUAUGGCGCAUGAAUUUUUUCCCUGACUCUGUUAAUGUUCUAUUAGGUGUAAGGAUUGGGACUGAUAGUAACACUUACGAUUUUUCUACAGCAAUAACCCCUACAGCAAUAACCCCUACAGCAAUACCUCCUAGAGGGGGGAACUGCUCCAUCACUCCGCCAAGCGGCAUCUCACUGGAGACUAAUUUCAGUCUGAGCUGUAGCAACUGGGAAAGUGACAACACCCCUCUGUCCUAUCAGUUUCAAUACAGGCUAGAGAAUGGUUUGUACAAUGUGUUAUAUCGUGGCGCUAACAACAGCAUAACUACCUCUUGGAUACCACCUGGGAAUAGUACAGAUAAUUUUACUGUCAAAGUUAUUGCUACAGUGACCGACAAUUUUGGAAUUUCUGCUUCCCAAGUCUCUUUGAAAGUUCAGGUAGGCCGCUAACCAUUAGUUUAAUGUCUAGCGUGAAAGGAUGUGAGAAUAUUUGAUUUCUUUUAGUCCCUAUUAGUAAUAGAUUAAUUAUAGUUAUAGAUAACUACUUUUGACUUUUGCAGAUCAAGCCAUCUCAGAAUGUAACACCCGAUUUUAUCGCAAACCUUCGUGAGAUCAAAAACCUGAGAGAAGCGGCGUUACUAGUAAACGUUUUACUUCUAUCAGUUUCACGUGAAACCUCAAUGGAUUUGCAGGAGAAAUACAAGGUACUUUUCAAACCCAGUUCGUUACUUAAAAAGUGAAACAAAACUAGUUCAUUCUGAUAGUAUCCGAAAAGCAAAGUGUUUACCAUAGGCCAAACGUGCAACAAAAUGAGAAGACAUUUAUAUGAAGAAGAUAAUAACAAUAAAAAAAAAAUCAACUUUCGAAGAACAGACAAGUAUAAUACAUUAAAAAUAUCAACAUACUUUUGAGAAAAAUGGAGGCUUAUGCGUUAAAUAUCUGAUGUUUUUUCAGCACGAGAAUCGUUUCGUGCAUGUUAAGCGUUGACUUUUCAUUAUUCUCGCGUUUCACCUUCCGUUCUAACGAAUGAAGAAUGCUGAGGAGAAUGCUUUGAAUAAAUUACAAAGGAAUACUUAUAACGUCUUGAAAUUGAGGUUUCAAAAUACAUUUCAUGGGCAGAAAUCACUAAAUAUUCCUUUUUUUUUCUUCUUAGACGUUUUCGGUGAUUUGAUGCAUUUAGAUCAAUCAUGCCCUUGCAAAUCAUUUGAUGGGUUUUAACUGCCGAUGUCAUAGGGAAACCUGAUACGUUGAGUCUGAAUAUGCCUUUAGAUCUAUAUCUUUGGAACGAGCCUCACAUGGGGGAUACAGUCUGGUUGCCUAUUUCUUUACUGGUUUAAAUAACUUUAAGCUAAUAUCUUUAUCGUUGUUUAAGGUGAUGAACGACAUCCUUGAUAAAAUUUCGCCCUUGGAAGCAAAAACUGUCUCCGACCUGCUUCAAAAAUCAUCAGUUAUCGGCUCUGCUCUUCAGGUUCUGGAGAAAGUGCCCCAUCAGUUUUUGGUAAGUUAAUUACGUAAUAUUGUUUGGGGCUGGAAUAGCGAUGGUGGUUACGUCAAGUUUUCAUACCGUGAAACUAUUUGACCAGAAAAGCUCAAGAAAAACAGUAAUAAUAACAACAGCAAAGACGAAGAAAACGGAAAUGAACAAGCAUAAAAACAAGCAACUAUUGCGUUAUCAAAUGAACCAACCUAUAGUUUUGUACAUACUUUAACUAAUUCGCCACAAAUUAUCUCUAGGACGGUCAUAGGAAAGAAAUCUGAAAGCAAGCAUUUUUAGCUUCAUUUAAAUUCAUUUGCACUCCAUAGAAUUUCUCCUUAUCUGCUAUCACUUCAAUGACGUCACGACUAUGGUCUCUUGCCCAGAAACAAGACGUAGCAGACAUACCACUGACAAAGAAAUCAGCAGAAAACUUGGCUUCAUGUCUUAAUAGCGUGUUGAAGGCAGCAGCAGUGAUUGCAUCAGAAAACUUCAAAUCAAGUUUUCAACAACUGGUACUGUAAUGUACAUUAGUCUAUAUUCAUUGGCGAAUGGUCCAUUGAUGAUUGUUGUAAACUUAACCGUUACUCCCUUCUUCAUUCAUAUUUUGGACCUUUUAAGGUUUGUUUGUAUGUAUGUUUGUUUUAAGCUUGCGAAAAUCCAUAGUUUGCUUACAUUAUAUGGUUAUUUAUGGAAUUUCUACAGGGUAAACUAUUGGUGAAGAUUUCAAUGAAGACCCUCGAGAAAGUUGCAGACUCAGUGUUGGCCUUGACAGUACCUGAUGAAAGAACGAUAUCAUUCACAGCGGGACAACUAUCCAUGACAGUCGGAAGAUAUAGCCUCCAAAGACUUUCAGGACUGGAAAUAAAAGCAGGAAAAGGCCGGUUUAUCUUACCUUCUAAGAGCCAAUUAUUACUCGCUGGAGUAAACAAAACAAGUUUUGUAGAUGUUCAGGUAGGUUUUCCUGCCCUUCGGGCAAAUUUCAAUCUAAGUUUUUUUUUUUGGCAGAUACCGACACCAGUAACAUUAAAGUAGCACAUUAGGUACCUUAAAGGUUCCUUAUUACCUCCAGCAAUCAUAUUUCUUGUUUUGGUUUUGACAUGUUCAACUCUGUCACUUGGGACAACAAAAAAGAAUCAGUCAAGCUUGAUUUUCUUCACAUCGCCUUAAGCAAACCUUACAACUGAGUUGAUAACAGGAUCAGGUCUUCCACCCGCCAUUUCUCCUGCAUUUUCAUUCUGGUUUCAAAAUACUGACUCUGAAAAUAUUUCAUAAUAAGUGACCACAUGAAUGUUAUUUAUUUUUCGCUGUUUUUCCUAAUAUAUUUUCAGUUUUAUUUUGCGCUCAACUUAUGAUAACUUAUGAUUAGUACUAAGAAUGAGUACCUUGUUUACGUGUUCAAUUAUAGCAGUCUACAAAAACAAACAAAUUUUUAAUCAUUCUUCUUUCAGAUGUUCUCGUUUUCUUUCAACCCUUACACUUGGGACAGCACAAAGGAGCGAGUUGGCUCUGAUGUUGUAACCCUGCACUUGAAAAACAACGACAGCAAGCUUAUUAAAGUAUCAAAUCUCACGGAAGACAUUGUUAUCGUUAUGCCUUUAAAACUUCAGAAAAUCUCUGCUUCAGAAAAGUCAUGGUAUUUCACAAAGAACGAUGAUCUACGUUUCCACGAGAUAAAAGUCAGGUAUGAAAACACCUUGCUGAUAAUGGAAAUCAAACCUCAAGAUACAACCGUACAUCUUUUUGUCUAUAUGCGUUUUAAUCAGCGACCGACAACUCAAGACUACGACCUCAAUGCCACUAUCUCUCAUGACGAAAAGUGUGUUUGGAUGCUAAGUGCACAUGAAAAAAGUGAAGGGCAAACAGUCUGCUCCUUGAAUCCAAAUGCGACGAUACAGGUUCUGGCUGAGCGUCCUGGGAAAUACUUUCUCGGCUUAAAAAAUUACAAUGCCACAAUUAACUUAUCCCACACAAGGGAGAAAAGAUCUUGUCUUAGUGGAAGGCGAAGGAAGCGCUCCUGCGUCGAAGCCAAAGAUCCACCGCCCACCCCACCCCAGAGUCAAAAUUUCCCUGUGAUGCCAGUUUAUGAUUCCACAACAGACCACAACUACACUCUGAAGGUGACCUUGGGUAGUUGUGUUUACUGGUCAGAAAAAAUUGAAAAGUGGAUAUCAUCUGGUUGUCGAGUAAGUGAAAAAUUAAAUAACGAUUUUUCAGCGCAAUCUUUUUUAUCUAAUUUGGCAUUGUAUUCAACACAGUUUAGAUCAUUUGAGCUUUCCUGUUUGCAAAAGUGCUGUGGUAUUGUAAUAAUCUUCACUCAUUAAGCGUAUAAUUGAAUUCAGUCUAAUCUUUGAUGAGAGAACAUUUUCAGACAAAAGUCGAAUCGAUUUGAUAGCCAGCCGGGGUAUAAAAGCGCCUUAAAAAAACAGAGUGAUUAAUGGUGACAGCCAACAUGAUAAUUUUUAUCAUUAACAUCUUCCUUGCAUUUUAUAAUUUCAGGUUUUAGCAAAAAUAGAUGGAUUUUUAAACUGUCGCUGUAGCCACUUGACAUCAUUUGGGGGAAGUCUUUUAGUUGAACCGAAUCCCAUUGACUUCGACAAGGUUUUAGUCGAGUUCCAGCAGUUAUCAGAAACUGGAAAUAUCGCAGUAAUUGUGGUUAUUGCGGUGAUUUUAUUAUGUUAUGUGACUGUGCUUGUUAUCGUAAGGAAAUUCGACGAGGAAGACGCGAAAAAUGUAAGUGUAAAACCAGAUAUUGCUAAGGACCGUUGUUUUAACGGAGCAUGCUCUCCAGUAUAACCCUUUCCUCCUAUGAUCUAAUUGUUAAUUCUCCCUCAGGUUGCUAUACAAUUUUUUGUAAAUAAGUCAUGACAAUUUGCUAAUAGAUCAAGAUAACAAAUUCUACCGGAAAAUUUUGAGUAUUCUCAUGACCUGUUGCCUAGAUAAUGUACCGAUAUUUUUGGGAGAAGUUGCAUGUUGAUCACCUCUGGCAGUUAAACGGUUAAGCAAAAAAAAAGGCUUUAAUGUUGACAGCAUUAUUCGCUUUAAAGGUUUGUUGAUAUUGAGAGUUUAAAAAUGAAGUGACCAUGGAUUAUUUUCCUUUUUUGGGACUGGGAUAAAAAGAGCGAAUUAAAAAUAGAAAUCAGCUCGCAAUGUAAUUCAUGCUUUAUCAUGCUUUUUUUAGAGGAAAUUACCGAUCCGACUUCCAUCAUCUUCAAGCAGCACCUAUGAAUAUGUUAUAGUGAUUACUACAGGGGCUUGGAAAAGCUCAGGCACAACUGCUCAUGUUGCUUUGGAGAUUUACGGUUGCGAUGGAAAGAGUGGCAUCCUUCAACUUAGCCAAGAAGAGCCUGGUGCAGAUAAUACGUUAUUCUCUCGAGGUAAUUCAGAUGUUUUUGUGCUUUAUGUUGACAAAUCACUUGGUGCGAUUCAAGGAGUGCAGAUUGGACAUGAUAAUUUUGGAGAUAAUCCCUCGUGGUACCUUGAAGAAAUUCUGAUUCGGGACGUACAAUCCAAGCAGUCGUGGAAAUUCAUGGCCAAUCAGUGGUUUGCUCUUGAGCGUGGAGAUGGGCGCAUCGAGCGAGUAAUCGACCAGACCUCAAGUCAUCUGGAUUUUGGCAAUGAAGUUGCAAGACGUUGGCGAAUAGGCCUCGCGGAGUGGCAUAUUUGGGUUUCAGUAGUAACCAAGCUGAGAAAAAGUCGCUUUACAAGAGUACAGCGACUGUCUUGCUGCCUCUCAGUGCUUUUGACAUCCAUGUUUGCUAACGCGAUGUUCUAUAAGUUAGAAGGCAAAUAUGAACAGCCUAUCCAAGUCGGACCGCUGAAAAUGUCGUGGAGACAAGUGGUGACUGGAAUUGAAAGCGCGUUUGUUGUGACACCCAUAAACAUUGUCAUAGUUUUUCUCUUUCAGAAAGGAGCUGAAAAGUCUGCCACGAACAAUGACUAUUGUCUUAAAGGUACCCUGAUCUCUGGUGUCGCUUGGUGUUUCUUAUUUUUCUCUUGUACUGUUUCGGCUGCGUUUUCCAUUUUCUAUAGUCUAGUUUGGGAAAAGAGUGUCAGUGAACAGUGGCUGUCUUCGAUGCUUAUUUCAUUCGCGCAGGACGUAACAAUCAAGGAACCAGUAAAGGUGUUCUUCACAGCUUUAACAUUCGCGGCCAUUUUAAAGAUAAAGGCGAAGAGAUCAAAAGUACACGCCUGCGGAAGCCCUCCGCAGGAAGUUAAAACUGGGUACUAUAAGAAACACUUUUGGGCUCUGCAAUUAUCAGAGGUGGAAGAGAUGAGAAGACGACAAGCUAAGAAACAGAACCUGACACGUUAUUUCACAGAGUUGGGUUUAUACUUGGUCUUCGUUUUCUUGCUUAUGGCAGUGUGCUAUGGAAACAGAAAUGACCAUCGGUACUUGAUGACUAAAUCAAUCCAGGAUGGACUACCAAACUUUGGCAAGGUGAGUAAACAUUAUUUGAUUAUGAUAAAUCCAUUGCUGAAAUUCGCGUGUUUAAUUUAUCUUAUGACUUUUCGUUCCCAUGGAGAUCCAAAAUCAAAUAUAUGAAGAAAAAUUUUACUUUGCCGGUCUCUUCAAGAAAUGACUAAGGUAUUUUCUGCUCUUGUAAUGGAUAUUUUGAGGAGGAAUAUCCCUUUAGAAACAGUGUACAAGAGAUAUGUUAGUGCGCGUGUUACACCCAAAUUUAGGACUGGAAAGAAAUUCCAAGCAAUAGAUGUAUAAUUCCAUGAAGACAUUGGCAUUCAAUUCUGCUAUAGGAGAAGAGCCAGAAAGCGGCAAACAUAAUAUUUGAGGGGAUGGGUGCAACGAAAAUAAGCAAGCGAGAAUAAUAUUCUAGGACACGCCCAUAAAUAGUAACUCGCUUCUGUGAAUCAAACUUCUGCUAGUCUGUCCAUACUGCUAUACUUAAAAAAAAAAACUAUAUAUAUAUAUAUAUAUAUAUAUAUAUAUAUAUAUAUAUAUGUGAAGUCUAUGUUUCGGUUUUUCCGUAUUACAGUGCUUGAUACAUGGAAAUACAGCGUGAUAUGAAUUGAGCUAGGGAAAAAAAACAGAGACCAAGGUUUUUUCUCCACAAUCGCUCUGACGAAGGGCUAACGCUCGAAACGUCUGCUUUUUUACCCUUUACGGUGGCUAAUUUACGUUUUCAACCCAGUUUUUAACUCUAAAUUACCUGCUAUACUCUCCCACCGACGCAGCACCACAGUUUCUUUAGAAACUUACCCCUUUAUUCAUUUUUCUCGACAAGCCUGUUUCGUGAUUAGAUCAUUCUUCAGGGGAUUUUUAUGGAAAGAAUAUUUGUAACCAUCGAAGAUAUACUAUAAAAUUUGCAUGAUAAAUGUGGCGGUAAAUUUAGGUGCUUUGUUCAGCUGUUGCGCAGUAACGCUUUGUUUCUGUGAAGGUAUGAAGACACGAGUUCAUUACCCUUGUUAACUGAUGACAAUUCAAUUAACAAUUCAUUUAUAUAUAUAUAUAUAUAUAUUUAUUUGUUUAUUUAUUUAUUUUGUUUAACCCAAUGAUCUUGUACUAAUUCAGGUGACAAACAAUACAAUGUACUGGAGCUGGUUACAGCGUGUUUUCAUACCAGGUGUGUUUUCUGGCAGAUGGUACAACGGUCAAAGGGAUGAGCAAACAAUUUAUAUUGGUAAUAAACACUCUCUUAUCGUCGGAAUGGCUCGAGUAAGGCAACUCAGAGUGAAAGCGAGUAAGUUUUUUUUCCAUUUUUAUUCCUCUUUGCAUUUCAUUGAAAGGCUAUUUACCCACACACGUCAUUUCACAUAUUAUAGUUAUACACAUAUAAUUUUGCCUGAUGAAGAAGCAAUCGGUGCACAAACUUAAUUAAGAGUUAAACAAUAGCUUAUUGAAAUUCUUAAAGAAAAAAUAUUGAACAUGCACUGGUUACAAUUUUCUCGACUCCUGAACAUUCUGACAAUUCUCUAGACGAGUGUUUAGGUAGCUGCGUUUUAUUAUGAACGUUGAUUAAAUUUAGGUUUUGAUGACGGCGCUCCUCUCCUCCAAAAGCAAAUGCUACUAUGAAGGCUUCUAAUAAUUCUCCAUAACAAGAGACGUCCAUAUUUGUUAAAAGUACGAAAUGUGUCAUCCCUGAGUGAAAUGAAUACCAAAAAAAAUCUUCCUAAUCAUGAUCUUUUGUUCCAACUUUCAGCGCAAUGUAAAGUCCUAAACUAUAUGGAAACAUCGUUCCAAGAAUGUUUCAAAGGAUACUCGACAAAGAACGAAGACAAGACCGCCUACAACAAACCAGGCUGGAGGCCUGUCGACAAUGCUGCGAGGAAUGACGAGUUAUUACAACUUUGCCCGAAGCCAUGGCGAUAUCAACAUGCCGAGGAAACCGACACUACACCCAGGUGGGGACAUUUCUCCUUUUAUGAGGGAGGAGGAUUUGUAGCAGACCUCGGUUAUGAUAACCAUACGGGGUUUAGCAUAAUAACAAAUUUACAAAACAAAGGUUGGCUUGACAGGCAAACCAGAGUUGUCCUGGCAGAGUUUUCCACAUUCAAUCCGUCGGUGAAUAUUUUAAGUGUUGCCACAUACUUCUAUGAAGUUGAUGCAUCUGGACUGAGAGUAGCCUCCAUGCAAAUUCGUGUUCUUUCACUUGAUUCUACGGGCACACCCUCGCAUCAGUUUUAUUUGAUUUGCUUGUUCCUGUACAUUGUGUUCGUUUUUCUGUAUUUUGGAAGGGAAAUUUUCAGACUUUACAGUCAUCGUUCUCGAUAUUUCAAGUCUAUCUGGAAUUGGGUCGAGAUAUUUCAAAUUGUUUUUUCUCUGAUUUCCGUGGUGAUGUACAUAAUAAGACAAAGUAAAACCAUUUCAACCAUGGGAAAACUGCAUAAAAACAUUUACGGAAAUCUAAGUUUCCAAGAAGCUAUCACUUGCCAAGAAGUGGAAAAUGUGGUACUUGGAAUUCUUACUUUCAUCGUCACCAUCAAGCUAUUGCAAAUCAUUCGCUUCAACAACUAUGUUGCUCUAUUCUCCGCAACAUUGAAGAUAUCUGCACGAUCUUUGUUAUCCUUUAGCAUCGUUUUAUCCAUUUUCUUUGUGGCAUUUUUGCACUUCGGUGUCUUAGUGUUUGGCUCUGUAUCUGGGCGCUACUCUUCGGUGCUAAAAGGAGCCUAUUUUCAACUCGAGCUAACUCUUGGUCGAGUGAAAGCUAGACCAAUCAAUGAAUUAGCACAGGCCGACACCAUAUACGCCAAAAUAUUCGCCUUCUUAAUUCUCUUCACUCUCACUAUUCUCUGUAUGAACUUCUUUAUUGGCAUAAUCAACGAUGCUCUUUUGGAUGCUAAGAACUUUGUGAGCGAAAGUGAGCUGUAUGAUCUUAUCGAUGAGAACCGUUGCUCGAACUCAAAAGAAAGAAAAGAGUUUUUCAAUGCAAUCAGUAACAAGUUGAAACAGUCGAGAACCUCUAAAACGUCAGCAGAAGUGAAGGACAAAGAAUCUGGAUACAUUGGCCUUGACCCCACGAACAAUUCCAAUCUUAACUUUGAUUUAAUAAGUCAAGCUAUCAUAGCUUGGAGGAAGAAAAGAUCCAGAGAAACAAUAGAUAAACAGCAAUGCAGUACAAGGAGACAAGCAUUGUUCGACAGGAUAAGCAACAUGUUAAAAUCUCUGAGAGGUGAAAGCAAUGACGACUGCAGCAAACGUAGAGAAAAAAAGAAAGUAAGAUUUCAAGAGGAUGUCGUCAAGUCUUCCCUCCGUAAAUUACGUAAGAGAGAACAUGACCUGUUACAGCGGCUGGAGAGUAUUGUUUCAGGGUUCACAGCAGAAGACGAAGAAUUCGAUUAUUUAUUAAUAACAGCAGAGGUCUAUCUCUACUAA